CACCUUUAGAAGAUGACAUCUGAUUGGGCGAAAGACGUCGACAAAAUUGGCCGACUCUUGGAUUUUCUAUGCCACCUCCUGUCUCAAGAUGGCGCCCAUGACCGGACCGGUCUUGGCGUCUUGUCGUCACAAAAAAGAAACAGGACGAUGACACCGUAGUAGUUCUGUCAACAACCACAACUCAUUGAAAACCUUGGGGCCCCAUCAGUUUGCAACAGUGUAAUACCUACUACUAGUAGAAGGAACUAGCAAGAGAGUAUCAGAUCAGUGCUGUUCAGACAUACAUUGUGAGAGCUUGCUAUCGAGAGAAGUCAAGACCACCAGGAUCAGAAGAAAAGCUCGAGUUGAGUCAAUUACAAGUACGCACAGUGUCAAGCAGCUGGACAUCUUACUGACUGACUGAGGAGUUCCUUGUUCAGUUCAGUCAAGUUCAGUUCAUUCAAGUUCAGUUGAGUUCAGGCAUUCCACAAUCCACAGCUUUUUCUUACUCUACUGAGGUUAAAAGCAAGAGAAACAAGCCAAGUCAAGCUAAGUAGUCAAGAUGCCUCCUGUAAAGCGCAAGACGGAAGAUGGCGACACUUCGAAUCGUCCCAAGAAGAUGUCGAAAGAAGAGCGCGCCGCCGCCAAGGAACGCGCCAAGCAGGCCAUGUUGGCGCAACAGGAACAGCAAGCUACUAGUCAGAAAAAGACUGCAGCAGCUUCAGUAGCAGUAGCCGAGUUGCCUCCUCCCAAGAACAAAAAGGAACAACUAGCACAAGCUAGAGAAAAAGCUAGAUUGGCCAUGCAACAGCAGCCACCACCACAAGAACCACCACAACCAAACGAUGACAAUGAUACGGAAGCCACUCCUCGUCGCAUCAGUCCCAGACGUGACAACAACAACAACACUACUAGUGCCAGUCAAAAGAAACCUCCCCCCAAAGUCACUACGACUGUCAAAAAGGCCGCCCCCAAAGUCACCAUUUCCUCCGACGCACUACCCGACAAAAAACCAGCAGCAGCCGAGGUCAUGCCACUCCCCACGUUGGCACGCACGCAAUCGACGCCACUCGAAUUGGCACUCGAAGAACAAGUUGCUGCCAAUGUCCAGGCGGUGCUGCAAGGAAAACCACCACCGUUUACCAGUGCGCCUCCCGAUCAUUUACUCAAAUUUGCGCCUACCGAGUUGGAAGAAGGAUACGAUCACAACGAACACAAUGCCCGGGAUAUUGAUGAAGAAGAAGAUGCCGAAACACAGGAUACGCCCAAACAGGACUUAUUGUUGUCCGAAAGUGUCGCCGAUGCUGUCACCAGUGCGGUCAUUCAUACCCCCGCGACUCCUGUCGUGUCCAAUUGGGUAUCGCAACUCUUGUGGACGUUAUUUUUACUAGGCGUGGCCAAAAUUGUGGUCUACAACCACGCCAGGACGUAUCAUCGUGCGUUUCACAAGGUCAUGGCCGUACUCCCCGUACCCAAUCCCUACCGGACCGUCGAUGGAACACCCAUUCCGUACAUGCCCUGUUUUGACACCAACACGAACAAUAAUAACGACUCGCGCGAAAUGCGACCGGAAUGUAUCGCCUACAAUGUCAAAACACCCUGUCCGGCCAUGGGACAAUGCUGGGGUGGGCAAUUGCACCAAUGCUCUCAUUCCAACUAUUUGCAAGUGGCACAGGAUCAAACGUCCUGUAUCAUGAAACCCGACGUCGCACACGUCUAUCAUCACGUUUUGGACACGAUUGCCUCUUGGGCAUUGGAAUAUCAUUGUCAAAAGGAAUUGGAUUCUACUAGCAGUGGCAGCGUGGCAAAAGCACCCGUCCCCCACAUGGUAUCGCCGCUCCGGGGGGAACCCACUCAUACCCGCAAACAACCCAUGUUUCAUGUCGCGGAAGUUCUCACUGACAAAGAAGACGACAGUAUGGACGUCAAUGCUCUUUGGGCACUCCUCGAAGCGGGAAAUCCCGUCGCCGGAUAUCCUCUCAAACUCAAAGUCUUUGAAAGUUACGAUCCCGCCCACGAACAAAAUGUCCCUUCGCCGCUCGUCGCGGUCGUGCCAUCCAAACAAUACGUCAACAAAUUGUUUCCACUUCGGACCCAGUGUCGAUACCGACAAGCCGCACGACAGUAUGCGCUCGUUAGUAAAACACCCUGGUUGCUCACCUUGUGGGUUGGAUGCGUCGUUGCGCUCGUGGCAUGGAUUGCCUUGACGGGAUAUUAUUGGCGGGCAGCCCAGGAACAACAAGAAUUACUGGCGAGUAUUGAAGUCGUACGACAUUUUGUCAUUGAAACACUGCAGACGAGUGAACCGCAAACAUGGAAGGGAAUGGAAUUGAAACGACACGUGCUACUCAAAAGUGGCAUCAUUGGUACGAGCGGCCAUAGUCAAGCGUUGUUUCACAAACGAAUAUGGCCUCGUGUCGUGUUUGAUAUUCGAGGCAAUCCCAAUAUUUACAAAUCCGUCAUUGUCUCCAAUGGUGAUCUCAUUGAUAUCUGGCAGUGGCAACCACGAGAAUUGACCGAGUGAUUUUAUUUAUUUUCGCUGGAUCGGUGAACGACGACUAGAGUAAAACUUGUAGUGCACGCCGAUCGAGAGAGAGAGAGAGAGCGAGUACUGAAGAUUCUUGGUGGUACGGUAGAAAGGAGAAAGAGUGACGUGGUGUAACAACGAACAAACAACAAUGGGGGGACGAACUGAGUGAAUGAAGCGUGAUUGUUUUGUGUGUGGUUUGGGAAGAUGAGUGAAUGAAUGAAGUAAAAUGAAAAACGCUUGCUGUCGUGAUUGUGUUUGAGUUCGAGAAAAAAUGGCGCAGAUCGGAAGACGCCCAAUGGUUAGGUAAUACUGCAUAUAUAUUGAUAUGAUACGAAACGAAACGAAUAAGAUAAUAGGAAUAAUACGUCGUAGUCGUUGGGAGCUCCUGGUUGCGAGAGGUACUCUCUUGUUUCCGCGUCGACCGGGGAAAGCACAACUGGGCGUACCGGUUACAAAUACUGUACAACUCUCGCACCGGCGAAAACGGUGUACGAGCGAAUACAACGUCGCACUGAGCGGCGGAAGUACACGUGUACGAGAGAGUAUCGGCCACAGCUACAGUAGAU